UCUGUCAGUCUGGUACACACCCAAGAAGAAGAAGAGAAGAACCGUGGUUGUAGUUCUAAGCGGCGGGCAGGUAGUGUAGGGAGAACCGAGCUGCUCUUUACGGAACACCGGCAGAGGAGGCGAGCCCACUCGGAGCAGCGGGGAGGCGGUCAGCGUGUCUGUGUGGGUCCGGGAGCGGAGGGAAGAUGAGUGACGCCGGUGUGGACACGAGCACGCUCUGCCUCUUUGACGUUGACGGCACGCUUACGGCCGCGAGACAGCGGGUGACCCCGGACAUGGCAGAGUUCCUCCUGAAGCUGAGGACUCGGGUUCGGGUCGGCGUCGUCGGAGGGUCCGACCUCAGCAAGAUCAAGGAGCAGCUGGGAGACGACGUGAUCCAGAAGGUGGACUACGUGUUUGCUGAGAACGGCCUGGUGGCGUAUAAGAGCGGACAGUUACACUCUGUGCAGUCCAUUCAGGCCCACAUGGGGGAGGAGCUGCUGCAAGACUUCAUAAACUUCUGUCUGAACUACAUGGCCAAGAUCAAACUGCCCAAGAAAAGGGGGACCUUCGUGGAGUUUCGUAACGGGAUGCUGAACGUGUCUCCGAUCGGACGCAGCUGCACGCAAGAGGAGCGGAUCGAGUUCUACGAGCUGGACAAGAAGGAGAAAAUCCGAGAGACGUUUGUGUCCGUGUUGCAGGAGGAGUUCAAAGGAAAAGGACUCUCGUUUUCCAUCGGAGGUCAGAUCAGCUUUGACGUGUUUCCUGACGGCUGGGAUAAAAGGUACUGCCUCGGCAUCGUGGAGAAGGACGACUACUCCACCAUCCACUUCUUUGGAGACAAGACCAAACCUGGAGGAAACGAUUACGAGAUCUACUGCGACCCCCGGACCGUCGGCCACGAGGUGUCCAGCCCGGAGGAGACGCGGCGCCUGUGCGAGCAGCUCUUCUUCUCCUGAGCUCAAACGCCUGCCAGCUGUGACUGUGCGUCACCUAUGACAACAGACGGGAGGAGGAGCUGAUGAACGCUGACGUGACUUUUUGAUUGUAGCUGCUUGUUUGGUCGGGGUUGGUGGGUUUGUCUUUCUGUGAUCUGUGUGUUUGAUUCCACGGGACCCGCUGAGCCUCCGCGUACGGAGGACUGUUUGGGGAAGCCCCUGCAGCCUCACGCUGUGGGCGGAGUGAGGAAGUGGGCGGAGCAAUGACACGCAGCUGUGGUUUACCAUCCUCCUGUCUGAGUGUAAAUAAAGGUGGAUGACAUCACA